CUGUCUAACAAAUCGCAUACACUUUUACAUUUACGUGUACCAUUCUUUUGGUAAAGUUGAGACUAUGUCUGGUCAUUCUUUUGUCUAAUUAUUUUUUUGUCGGUCGUAAAAUAUAUCUUUUUUGAAGUAUAUGAGAAGAAAUUGUUUAUAUUAAAAUGUCUCUGGAAUGGUUGUCUGCAGCAGCCUUUCUCUAUACUGAGAUCGGAUUAGGAAUGCUGUUUUGUCUUGGAUUCAUAUCAAAUUCAAGAUGGCAAAGAAUAUUCAAUUCUCGUCUUUUGGCAAUGGUGAAGCAAUAUGGCAACUUCUAUUUUAGCGCAUUUGUAUUAAUAUUGUUUGUACUUUUUUUGGAUUCUUUACAUAAAUUGAGAAAAUAUUCCAUUGUUGAUGCAUCUCAUGCUGAUUUAAGAAAUAACCCUCAAGCAGAAAUUCAAGCUCACAUGAAGUUGUUUCGAGCUCAACGUAACAUUUACAUUUCUGGAUUUUCACUGUUUAUGUUGGUCAUAAUUAGGCGAUUGGCAACUCUUAUUUCUCGACUAGCUACUGUAGAAGCUUCAUGUGAAGCAGCGAUAAAACAAGCUAAAGGAGCUUCUGAUCAGGCUGAUAAGUUGCUUCAAGAAAAUCAACAGUUGAAGAAAUCUAAUCGAGUUCAAGCAGCAGAAUCUGCUAGUGGUGAUGACAUAGAGGGGCUAAAGCAAAGAAAUGCAAGAUUGAUAGCAGAGUUAAAUGAAAAAGAUAAUGAGUUAAAAAAAAUGAAGAAUGAUUUGGUUGCUAUGAAGACUCAAUCUGAAGGACUUCAUAAAGAAUAUGAUCGUUUGUUAGAAGAGCACAGUGUUUUAGAGAAAAAACUUGAAAGAAGUAAUGGCGAAGAAAAAAAGGAUAAAUGAGUCUUAAACGUCUUAAUUAUUGCAUAUUGUCAUAUUCAAACUGAA